UCACGCGGCCCAGCGCACGCAGCAACAGAGAAUGGGCGGCGGCGGCGGCGGCGGCGGGAGCCCGGCAGCAAGCGGCGGCGGGAGCAGCAGCGAAGAUGACGGGGAUGCCGCGUGGAAGGCGGCCAUUGAAUCUAUCGCUUCCGUAGGGUUUGGCGUCCCUUCGUCCAACGGUGUGGCGAAGGCGGCCUCUGACGGCAGCGGCGAGGCGGACAACGACGCGGAGCUGAAGCAGCCGCAUGAGGAGAAGCCACAGGCUCCUAGGCUUAAGCUUUACCAGAUCAAGAUGAGAAAUAUGUUGGAUGAUAUGUUAGAAAAAAAUAUUGAAAUAGUCAAAGCUCCUUGCUUGAACGUAACCGACCCUACGGAAACAGAAGGAGGAAUAAAGUUAUUUAAAAAAGCACCACCUGGUAUUAAAAUGGAUUCUAUGGAUAAACUGCAUGUACAACUCAAGAGACCAAGAAUUGUGCCUGGUGAAGAGGUCGAUGAAAAAUCAAAGAAGUUCAGGCAUAUGCUCCGGUCUGUUGCUGUUGACGGCAGUGACAUUCUUGUUUCUGCAAAGAAAGCAUCCCAAAGAUCAUUGGCUAGAUUAGAAGCGAGAGAAGCUGCAGCAAAGGCAAAAGCAAAGAGGGAGGAAGAAAGGGUGCAGGAAUUUAAGAAGGUUAGGGGAGAGAAAUGGCUUCCUUCUAUUGCUAGACAAAUGAAGGAAGAAAAAGCUUGGGAGCAGCGAAGGCUAUGAGCUGCGGAUCAACGAGGCUGCAUACUCUGAUGUCUAACUCCAGCUAUCCUGGUGCCCUUUUCUAAGUGGCCAAAAGUACCGUGCUCCAUUCCACAUUUGACGAUGUUGAUAGGAUCAAGAUCGAUUGCCAUACUGAAAAUUUUGGUCUAAUUGAGAGAAUGCAUAUUUAUGUACCUUUUUCAUGCAAGUUUUGUAGCAAAGUUUGCGGUUGACAUUCCAGAAUGUAAUAUGGUAGCGAUCUCAGCCCUAUUUGAAAAUGCAUUUUGUUUCUCUUUUCGUGACGCA